UUAAUGUUGCUCACAAGACACGGAUCACAAUAAGCAGCUGCCAGUUGUCUUCUAAUUACAGAAAAUCUACUCAAGCGAUUAUCCUGCAAAUUGCGAGCGGUGCAUAUGCGUUGUUGUGGAAAGACGCUUGGCAGCAGGAGGAGGAGAGGAUUUGCAGUCCCGUGCCACAGUCAGGGAUGGACACAUGGAAACCGAAUCCUCGAGCGAAACCAUUCAUCCCUCGACAACAGCGGAGCCUAUACCUCACCUGGAAGUACAAACUGGCAAACAAGCGAGUCAUCCGCAGAGUGUGCCAGGCCGGAGCAGUUCUUUUUCUGCUGGUCACAGUCAUUGUGAACAUCAAACUCAUUUUAGACACAAGAAGAGUUGCCAGUGAGGAAGAGGCCGGCCAGGAGGAUGACGAGGCCCUGCCCAACAUGGAGACCCCGCGAAAGCCAGCAGGCGGUAGGAAGGUCCUGGACAUCGAGGUGUACUCCAGCCGCUCCAAAGUGUACGUGGCCGUGGAUGGCACCACUGUGUUGGAGGAUGAUAUGCGAGAGCAAGGCAGAGGCAUACAUGUGAUAGUCCUGAACCAGGCUACUGGCCAUGUGAUGGCUAAAAGGAUAUUUGACACAUACUCUCCUCAUGAAGACGAGGCCAUGAUCCUCUUCCUCAACAUGGUGACACGGGGCAGAGUCCUCAUCUUCACAAUCAAGGAUGAGGGGACAUUUCACCUGAAAGAGUCUGCUAAGAACCUGCUGAAGGGGUUGGGCAGCCAGGCAGGCCUUAACCUCAGCUGGCGAGACAUGUGGACCCUUGUGGUGAAGAAAGGAGGUCAGGUGUAUGGUGAGAAACACUCCAAGUCGCCAGCCCUGUCCACCUGGGGAGACCCUGUCCUCCUGAAGACUGAGGUGCAGCUCACUGCUUCUGAAGAUGCUGAGUGCCACUGGGCCGACACUGACCUGAACAGGCGGAGGAAGCUCUUUUGCAGUAAGGUGGAGGGCUAUGGCAGCAUCUGUAGCUGCAAGGACCCAGCCCCCAUUGAGUUCAACCCAGACCCACUCCCGACUAACAACGUCUUCAAUGUUCCUGUGGCUGUCAUCGCUGGGAACAGACCAAACUAUCUGUACAGGAUGCUGAGAUCUCUGCUGUCAGCCCAGGGGGUCAAUCCACAGAUGGUCACGGUCUUCAUCGAUGGAUACUACGAGGAGCCCAUGGAUGUGGUGGAGCUGUUUGGACUCAAGGGAGUUCAACACACUCCAAUCAGCAUCAAGAAUGCCAGAGUAUCACAGCACUACAAGGCCAGUCUCACUGCAACAUUUAACCUACACCCAGAUGCCAACUUUGCCAUUGUCCUGGAAGAGGAUUUGGAUAUAUCCAUAGAUUUCUUCAGUUUCCUAAGCCAGACCGUCCAUCUGCUCAAUGAAGACGACAGCUUGUACUGCAUCUCUGCCUGGAAUGACCAGGGUUAUGAGCACACAGCAGAGGACCCAGCCCUGCUCUACAGAGUGGAGAGUAUGCCUGGCCUGGGCUGGGUGCUAAAGAAGAGCCUCUACAAGGAUGAACUGGAGCCAAAGUGGCCCACGCCUGAGAAGCUGUGGGACUGGGACAUGUGGAUGAGAAUGCCCGAACAGAGGAAAGGCAGAGAGUGUAUCAUCCCUGACGUGUCCCGCUCCUAUCACUUUGGCAUCAUUGGACUCAACAUGAAUGGCUACUUCCACGAAGUGUAUUUCAAGAAGCACAGACUCAACACGGUUCCUAAUGUCCAGCUGAAGAAUGUAGAUGGCUUGAAAAAAGAUGCCUAUGAGCUGGAGAUCCAGAACUUAUUGAAGGAGGCCGAGGUGCUGGAUCACACUAAGAACCCAUGUGAGGACGUAUUCAUUCCUGAUACUGAGGGGAAGACCUACAUCAUGUACAUCAAGAUGGAGCUGGAGACUGAUACAUCCACCUGGACGGAGCUCGCCAAGUGCCUCCAUGUGUGGGAUCUGGAUGUGAGAGGGUACCACAAUGGCCUGUGGAGGCUCUUCAGGAAGAGGAACCAUGUCCUAGUGGUAGCUGUGCCUAUCUCACCAUACUCCGUGAAGAAGCCAGUGAACGUUACACCCAUCCACCUCGAGCCUCCACCCAAAGAAGAGGGAGCUCCUGCUGAGCAGCUGUAGCGCAGCAUCUCUGCACACCUUCACAAUGCGGUCCACUGGUAUGGAGGUCAUUCUUACAGUGGCAGGUGGUGUCUGGGAGCCAUUGUCUUUACACUGUACCAGUGUGUGGUGCCGUAGUGUUCCCACCUACCUAUAGAGGAAGCUACGGAAUCAGAUUCCCAAGUCACACAUGACACCAGCUCUGUUUCUUUACUCUGCAAAAACGUCAGGCAAGGCAUUUCUUUGAAACCGGCUUCAAAAUAGAGCAUUGUAAAUUGGCUAACACGAAACACUGUCCAGCCUGGCCAAAAAGCCAUUGACGCUACCCUAGUACCAACGAACAGCAGGAAUUUGAUUUGUUGGUGGAGGUCAAACACUGACUGAACUAACCAGUGAUCUAUUUCUGUCUUUGGUCUUUUACUGAAGGGCGGACUGGGUCAAGUAGGUUUUGGACAAAGUGUGAGGUUAAUUGUGUUAAGCGGUGGUAACAGGAUUUCAUCUUGAACAUUUACCUAUAUAUAUGCCCCUGACCUUUCACUGGUGCACUCUUCAGGAAGGGUAAGGUGGCUGACCGCUGUAUAAAAGGCAUCUGCUAACUGCGGUAGGAUGCCAGAAGAAAAUGGAAGGAUGGAUGGAGGUUGCUCAACCAUUGAAUCGUUGAACACAGUGACUUCUGGCAAAAUAUCCCCACCCAUUAAACUGCUGACUGUUUCGUCCAUGUACAUUAACAUAUGUCUAUUUAUUUUGCCUAUAUUAACCAACAAAUGGUUAAUUUUGUUUUUAAACUUUUAUUAAAAUAAAUAUAAAAAAUAAAGUCUAAUAUUGUACACACAUCUGAUAUAAUAUUAUGCAUAUAUUUUUUUGGAUGAAAACAUUUGAUUCUUUUUUUUUGGCAAUAACCUUUCGGACUGAAUAGCGAAGGAUGUUGUCUGUCUGUAUUAUAAAAUGGUGUUGAAUGCUAAAAGAGCUCGGGGUCAAAAGCAGUGGCCUGUAAGGGAUAGUUUUCAUUUGGGAUGUAGUUAGGGAAAGAUGUUGACACCAGGCCUUGAACACUACAGUCUAAGUAUUUCAAAAAGAACCUGAUUGCGUUUGUUCAUCUAAUGUUGGAUAUAUAAGUAUCUACAGUGGGGUUCAAUGGGGAAGACAUGUUUUGUAAAAGCAGUUAUACUGUACAUCUUUGUUUCCAGAGGUAUAUGUGUGUUUCCCCUGUAGUACUGAUAAAACAGUGUUCUUUAAGUCAAACACUUGUUUUGUUUUAUAGUAUUACAGUCAACUUCAGGACAACCGAACACAUGCAUGUGCCCAACAGAACAAUGGACAAUUUGAUGGUAAGAACUUUAGGCAUCUAAUUUCAGAGUGCUCAUGUGUUAACAUUUUGGUUUGUUUAUUUGAUAAUAGUCCUUAGACACAUUUCUGGUAUACACUAUGAAAAUGAAUAAAGAUGUUUUUUGUUUUUUUUA